AUGGCGGAACAAUCGCUCGAGCGACUGGACCAGGAAAUUACGCUCCAUUUGCAACAGAUAGAUUCCAACCUCAGCUACUGUUUCAACACAAUUACCCAAGAUAUCAUCCCUCAUGUCUCCCAGUAUGGCAGCGUGUGCGAUCAGGUCAUGGACAGCUGCAACUGGCUGAAAACUAUGUUCCAGGAGGCCGGAAACCUGCAGAUAGAGGCUGUGGGAGGCCCCAACCCGCACAACAUGGACGAUACCAGCGGCCACAGCUCUCUCCAGACGCUUUUCCCCAGCAGGCCGCGUCUGGGCCCCGACUCCUCCAGCAUCGUAGCCCCUCCCGCUCCAAUUUUGGCCCCACACAUGCGUAACGCUCCCGAUUCUCCCGCCACGAUCACAACCACGGGGAAACUGCUGCAAUUGCCGGAUUCCAGCGACGACGACACUGCACGAAAGAGUGUCCUCAACAAAAAACGCGAGUCUGGCGAUCUCGAAUACGACGCAGACCACGCCACACACACACUGACGGCUCCAGACCCGGACGGUAGUACCAUGCAGCGACAACGACGGAAACGCAAGCUGUCGCUGCUCCUGCAGCAGCAGUACGGCUCCAGUUCCAGCAGCGUCGCGCCUUCGCCCGCCCAAUUGAAGCGUCCCAUCUCAUCCAGCAUCGACAGCUCGCCCAUCCGUAAGGACUCGUCCCAGCAGGUCGAAAGCACCAAGCAGAACCCGGUCGAGCCUGGCACCGUGAUCCACUUCCCGACCCGAGACGACACGUGA